UCAGGAGUCCUGGAUUAUGACUUCCCUUCAGAUGGGAUGAGAAUUCCCAGUUAUCCUGACUCCCUGUCUGUUUCUUAGUUUGUUUUCCUUUCUCCUCCGUCUGUUCUUCACAUUUCCACCCAAGAAGGACUCUUGGUUCCUACACCUGAAGUCAUCUCCCAAGCUGAUCAGUCCGAAGCCACCUUCCAGGAAAGACUUGAACACAGAGACCGAGUCCCUGACACCCUCUUUGGUGGACGAAUCAUAGGAGAGAUCAAAAUUGAGACUUUUCAGGAGCCCAUUUCCGAGGCAGAAGAUGGACUGGAGGCCCAGCCAAUGGAAUCCCCAGGCACCGUUUCCUUGAGUCCUGAGGCUUCUCCCCUUGACCCUGAGAAACAGCUGUGUCCCAGGCAACAGGAAGGGGAGCAGAGGAGAAAAUACACUCGACGCCGGAGAAGGGCCUUUAAGAAAAAGGGCAAAUACUACCCACCGGAGAAGAAGCAUGCUUGCUCUGAGUGUGGGCACAAAAGUUACUACUAUUCCGAUUUGCUAAGACACAUGAAGUCCCAUGCAGCAAAAGAGUUGCAUAAGUGCCUUGAAUGUGGGAAAACAUACCGAGGCAGGACAUACUUUGAGAAUCACCUGAAGAUCCACCUGCCGCUGGGUGAUUCCACCAGGCGCUCGACAAGAAACUCUGGCUGCCAAAUGAAAGAGGAAUACAUGUGCUUUGAAUGUGGAGUCAUAAAAAGUACCAUGUCAGGCCUCACCGAACACAGGAAAGUCCACACAGACGAGAAGCCUUUCGAAUGCCCCGAGUGUGGCAAAGCUUUCAAGUGGCGCUCGAACCUGUCUAGGCAUCGGGGUCUCCACACGUACAGGAGGUUUUCCUCACGGCAGAUAAUGCUUAGAGGUGCUAGUGAAUCAAAUAAGGGCAAAAAUAAUUCUACGCAGGAGCAAAAGUCCCAGCCAGGAGAGUCCUCCACUGUUUUGCUGAGUGCUGAGAUCAACGAAUCUAACCCUGUUUCAAGGCUGCGUCCAAGGAAAUCUCAAGAACUGGAGCUCUCUCAUCUGUAUGGGGUGAAGACCUUAAAGGUGACACUGAAGAAACUUCCAAGCCCUCGGAAAGGGGAAUUCCAGUGCCCUGAUUGUGAUCAUAGAGCUGAAAAGCUUUCAGAAGUCAUUAAACACAUGAGAGUCCACACAGGAGAAAGACCCUGUAAUUGCCCCGAAUGUGGAAAAACCUUCAGGUUGCCAUAUAAUCUUUAUCAACAUCGGAAAGGCAAUGCAUGUUCUAAAAAGAUGCCCCUUUCUGAUACCUUUCUCGCAGAAGAGAAGAUAACCCACAGAGGCAAGGAGAAGUCAAGAAACAUGGCUUCUCUGCAGGAAAAAAUCAAGUUGGAAGAUGAGGUGGAAGGUGAUCAACCUUGCAAUGAUCAGCCUUCUCUGAGAGGCUAUGAGACCUCAGAACUUCAGAAGAUGAAAAAACAUUCCUGUACAAAAUGUGAAUACCAAGCCGAAAGAUUAUCAGACGUUGUUAAACAUUUCAGGAUCCACGCCGGAGGAAAACCUUACAAAUGCUUCGACUGUGGGAAGUCCUUUGGAUGGUCCUCAGCCCUCACCAGACAUCAGCAGAUCCAUAUAUCCAGUCAGCAAGCGUCCGUACCCAAUGCUGUUGUUGCAGAAUGUGAUGUUACGCUUAGUGAUGAUGAGGAGUUGAUUAACAUCUUAUCGAAGAACCCUCAGCGGGAAGAAGUGGGACUAGAAGGCCUUCUAGAGAGGCCAUCUAGAGAGGCCAUCUCUGCUGCUGUUUCUCCAAGUUCUGGGUCUUUUAAGACGGAGGCCUCGCCUAAAUUACAUCCCAGGCAGUGGCACAGAAAAGGAAAAUCUGCUUGUCAUAAGAGGAAUAACGUGAAGAAAAGCAGAAACGAAGACCGCGAGAAGAAGCACAAAUGUCUCGAUUGCGGGCACCGCACCUACUACCUGUCUGACCUCGUGCGGCACAAGAGGACUCACCCGAACGAGAAGCCCUACAAGUGUCCCGAUUGCGAGAAGAUCUUCAUCCAGCCCUCCGCCCUCAAAAUUCAUCUAAAAGUGCACAAGAGGGGGAACAAAUCUGUGAAAAGGAUGAAAGCCCCCCAAGGAGAGAGAAAAUACACGUGUUCAAAAUGCGGGCACAAAACCUAUAAGUUAUCAACUCAUCUUUUACAUAUGAGAGUCCACGUGGGACUAAAAUCUUACAUAUGUGAUGAAUGUGGCAGACACUUCAAGUGGAGUUCGAAUCUUUCUAGGCACAAGCGAACCCACCAGUUCAGUGCAGGCUUUGAAAACGGAAAACCCCCUUUCUCCAAGUGUAAGGAUGCAAGCAGAGGUUCGAAGAAGCCAAAGAAAAGCACACAGGCCCCGCCGAAGAAAACAGGAGGCCGCUCAUCGGCAUCAGCUCCCAAGAAUGCGUCCAUAACGGCGGAGCUGCGCGAGCAGUGGCGCAAUUACAAGCGCCAGCAAAGGAAAAAGGCAGCCGAGAAGCGCCAUAAAAUGGAAGAGAGUGUGAAGGAGAACAUUGAAGGGAAGGAAGCGACGGGGAAGACGGCACCUCCCGAGGUGUCACUCCGUGCACGGCUGGAAAAGUUUGCGUAUUCCAAAAACAGCGAGAAAGAGCAUGGCCAGGUGGAGCGAGCACCAGAUCAGAAAGUCCCAGCCGAGGAGCUGCACCUUUUAUGUACUGCGUGUGGGAAGUACUUCACAUACGAUGGCCACCUGGCCGAUACCCAGAACACGCACACAGAAGCGAAACCUCACAGAUGCCAUGAAUGUGGGAAAUGCUUUCCCUAGGAGAGUAAGUUGGCCGGGCACCAGAUCAUCCACACUGGGGUGAAACUGUUCCAUUGUUCCGAGUGUAGGGAGAUUUCUUUUGGAAAGAUAACCUGAUGGCCCAGCUGAAAAUUCAUGGUUUCCGGCCUGUGUUUGAAUGGGCUGAGUGUGGGAAAAGGUGUCUAGAAAGAUGAGUUGGAGAGGCCUCAGAGAAGUCACAUAGGGCAGUGCUCGUAGAAGUAAGCUAAGUUGGAGAGAGCAGUGAUGGGGACAUCAGUACACCUACGGAGGAAAUUC